GCAGGAUGCAACGGGCAGUCAGCAAUAUCAAAGAACACUACAGACUGAGAAGUUUACGUAAUGUUCACUGGGGAAGGUGCAAAAUAACUUAAUCAACUUCUAAUUUGAUGUUGAAAAGGCUUUAGAUUUGCGACUUGAUUGAGGCAAACAUUGACACUUCAUUCUGUUGGCACAAAUUAAUUCUCUGACAGUCAGGGCUACAGAUCGCAUAUUUAUCUCAACUAUCCACAUACGGGCCUACAUUGGGGCUGUGCAUUGCCAUCUAAACGGUUAGUGCUACCCGAGAUCGUUGGGAUCUCAAAUACAGGCUACAACUGAGACGAAUGAUACAGUUGGUUGGACCACUUCCCAAUUCAGCAUCUCUUUUGACGUGUUCGUGCGGAUCACUUUUGUCAAGAUGUUCACCGCUUCUAAAGAUGUUGUGGAGUAAAGCCUUCUGCCGCUGCCCUGUGCUCGUCCUGAGCUUGUGGUUCUGUGUGGAAGCAGUGCCCAUCGCUGUGGACAAGACUAAAGUGGAAACCCCAGAGCAGGAACUUGAGGCGCCACAGAGUGUGGACACGGGGCUUCACUAUGACCGCUACCUCAGGGAAGUCAUUGAUUUCCUGGAGAAGGACCAGCAUUUCAGAGAGAAGCUCCACAACACAGACAUGGAGGACAUUAAGCAAGGCAAACUGGCCAAAGAGCUGGACUUUGUCGGCCAUCACGUGAGGACCAAACUUGACGAGUUGAAGAGGCAGGAGGUGAACAGGCUACGGACGCUCAUCAAAGCUAAACAAGACGUUGAGGGAGGGCAUGAAAUGAACCACAAGGCGCUGCUCAUGCAGUUUGAGUACAUGAACCACAUGAACCCACACACCUUCGAAGUGGAGGACCUGGAUAAGCUUAUUAAAUCGGCUACCAGUGACCUGGAAAACUAUGACAAGGAUCGUCACGAGGAGUUUAAGAGGUACGAGAUGAUGAAGGAGCACAAGAGGAAGGAGCACCUGAAGAACCUCGACGAGGAGCAACGCAAGGACGAGGAACAGCACUACGAAGAGCUGAGGAAGAAACACGCAAACCAUCCCAAAAUCAACCACCCUGGCAGUCAGGACCAGCUGAAAGAGGUCUGGAAGGAGUCUGACGGUUUGGACCCAAAUGACUUUGACCCCAAGACCUUCUUCAAACUCCACGACAACAACGGAGAUGGCUACAUUGAUCAACAGGAGCUUGAAGCCCUGUUCACUAAAGAGCUGGAGAAGAUGUACAGCCCUAAUCUUGAAGAGGAUGACAUGACAGAGAUGGAGGAGGAGCGACUGCGCAUGAGGGAACACGUCAUGAAUGAGGUGGACACCAACAAGGAUAGACUGGUCUCCCUGGAUGAGUUCCUGAUUUCCACAAACAAAAAAGAGUUCCAAGAGCCAGACAGCUGGGAGACUCUGGAGCAGGCCCCAGCCUACACGGACGAGGAGAUGAAGUUGUUUGAGGAGCAGCUGGCCCAGGAGGAGAGCAACCUCAAGCAGAAGAACGUAGAGCUGCAGAAACAGAAAGAGGAGCUGGAAAGGCAGCAGGAGCAACUCGAUGCCCAGAAAGCAGAGCUGCAGCAGGCGGUGGAACAAAUGCAGAUAAUAAAAUUUGAAAAAGCAAAUGCGGCUGUUGAGGUCAAAGAUGGAGGAGCUACAGUAGCAGUGCCCCCUGGAGGUCAAUCAUUGCCAGUACUACCAGGAGACAGCCAACCUCUACCCCCGAGUCACCACCAAGACCUACCUGCACACUCUUAGCAGGCCCGGCAACUUUUUCUGUGUGUGUGAAUCUCUUGGUGUGUUUGUGUACAUGUGUGUGUGUUUUUGUGCAUACGUGUGUAAAUUAAUCUUGCAACGAAUCCGUUUGAGUUAGUUUUAAUGUGUUGUCGGCGCUCUACGGUCCCACAAUAUACCCGGACGCACACAUACAGUCCAACAAUUUCACGAGACCAGCUAAACCAAUCAGAAUGAAGCCUUGGAUUUUGACCCACUUCCCGUCGUGGCAUUCCGGAGCUGGCAGGAACAGCCAGCACAACCAACGAGACUUGAAAUAAUUGCUGAACCAGGCAUUUUGUGGACAAUCCACUCUUUUCUUAUUAGUUUCCCUCUUGCCACAACAGCACAUGGUUUGAUUUGGGAAGUCAUUUGGGAUGAUUGAGAAGAGGGUUUUGUUUCUGAAUACGUGCCACGUUUUGUUUUCUACCUAGUUAGGUAUGCUACCCAGUGGGAUUAUUUCUGCGGGGAAAGAUUUGUUUAAAAUCCAAAAGACAUUUUGGUUAAAUAGUUUACGGAGGUGGGUCAAAUGAAUGUCAAUUUUGAUAUGCUGCUUGAUAGUAUGCUGUCAUGAUAAAUAAUGUAGAACUUUA